UGAAUGGAAUUUCAACGGUUUUCCUUGAAAGGAAAAUAAUAUAAUAAGCAAACAAGUCAUUCUUCAUCGUUAUUUUUAAUGUCUUUUGCGUCCAAAACAAGUUGUCUCUUCUCAACUCCAAUUCUAUAAAAACUCCAAAACAACGUUAUAGGGUUGCAGAAAUGGAAGCAGCAGGGUUGGUGGCAGUGCUUGCAGUUUCAGGAAGUGUAGUUUUCAUUGCACACCAACUCCAUAAACGUCUCCUCUCAGAUUUCAUGAGGAAGGUUGAAUUUGAAUUGUGUGGAAGCGGAAAAUAUGAACAAAAGAAAAGGGUUGGGUUUGCAGACGAUGUGAUGAGGGAGCCAUCAUCCAAUAACAAAGAACCAAAGCUGCAGGGAAAUAAAGCAGCUGGUGAAGAUGAUCAUCAGGCUCAGGCUCAGGCUCAGCAGCUCCUGGAAAUGUCAAAUUCCAUGCCCCUCAACCGGCAGGUUUUGUACAAAGGAAUUCUUCAAUAUAAAACACGUCAUGUUUGAAACUUCCUUUAGGAGAUCAAAUCAGGAGUUAGUACAACUUCUUCUUUAUUGUUGAGUCAAGUAGGAGAUGAAGUUUUGAUUUUAGCAGCAGGGGAAGUUCUCUUUCCAUCUAAACAUUCUCUUUUUCUUUUUUCUUUGGUUUGUUCAGUUUUCAUGCUUAAAUUAUCUUUGAAUUAUUCAAUUUUUUUCAUCUCUAAGAAAAAAGGGCACCCUCUGGAAAUGGACAAUGAUUGAAACUCUAA